AAUAUAAUGGAACAAGAAACCCCCAAAAAAAGAGAAAUUGCUGAUACAGGGGAAAGCAGAGCAUUGCCUUCAAUAAUACAAGGGGAGAGUUCGGCAGUUCUGGUUCCAGGCGGACUGCUCCAUGAUAGAGAAUGGAAUGCGAUGGAACCUCCAGGCAGUGAAGAUUCGUUGCGAUCUUCGAAUUGGGAUAACGUGACUGAGGCUUCUGAAACUUCUUUGGGAAAGGCCAUGGCAGAAUUGGAUGAGGCUUUGGCUACAGAUAUGAAAUGUGAUCCUUGUGAGAGUCUGGAAUUGGAGAAACUAUCUGCUCAGGGGCUCAGGCAGUCCUCAUCAUCGGCUAGUUUCAAUUCUUCCUCAACUUUCCAUGGAGAGAGUGCGGUCUCUUCUCCAAUUGGGUCACCGUCAAAACCAAGGAAUAUGAAGCCUGCGAUGCCCAAUGUAUCGCCGGAGCUCCUCCAUUUGGUUGAUUCGGCUAUAAUGGGGAACCCCGGGAGCUUAGAGAGGCUGAGGGGCAUAGUCAAUGGUAAGGAGGAUCUUGGAGGGGAAGAGGAAAUUGAAUGUGUGUCUUUUUCUGUGGUGGAUGCGCUUCUGGCCACAAUGGGUGGCGUUGAAUGUUUUGAUGAGAGUGGAGAUAGUUGUCUGCCUACUGUAAUGAUGAAUUCCCGGGCUGCGGUUGUGGCUGGUGAGCUGAUUCCUUGGCUUCCUUGGAAGGGAGAUUCAGAAUGUCACACGUCACCUAGGACACGAAUGGUUAGAGGAUUGCUGGCAAUAUUGAGGGCUUGCACAAGAAACAGAUCAAUGUGCUCAUCAGCUGGCCUUCUGGCUGCACUUUUAUGGUCGGUGGAGAAGAUGUUUCUGCAAGAUGUCAAUUGGACAGAGAAAAUGCUUUGGGAUGCUACCCAUUUCUGUGAUUGUAUUCAGCUUUUAGCAACUCAUUCCCUCUGUGUGCUUGAUCUGCAUAGGUGGCUUCAGAUGAUCAAGAGGACACUUUCCACAGUAUGGGCAGCACAUCUGAUGCUUGCAUUGGAGAAGGCUAUGGGAGGGAUGGAAACGAGGGGCCCGGCAUGCACUUUUGAGUUUGAUGGUGAAACUUCUGGCUUGCUUGGCCCGGGUGACAGCCGCUGGCCAUUUGCUAAUGGGUUUGCAUUUGCAACAUGGAUAUAUGUAGAAUCAUUCUCGGACAUUCAUAAUACUGAGACAACUGCUGCUGCGAUAGCUGCUGCUGCGGCGGCCAGAGCUGGAAAAUCCUCAACUAUCUCUGCUGCAGCCGCAGUAAGUAUGCUUACUGGUGAAAGUACCGCGCACAUGCCACGGCUGUUUAGUUUCAUGUCUGCUGAUAACCAGGGCAUGGAGGCAUAUUUUCAUGCACAGUUUUUAGCAGUGGAAUGUGGUGGUGGCAGGGGCAAGAAAUCUUCUUUGCAUUUCACUUACACAUUCAAACCACAAUGCUGGUACUUUAUCGGUCUAGAGCACACAUGCAAAAAUGGUCUGCUUGGGAAACAAGAAAGUGAAUUGAGAUUGUAUAUUGAUGGCUCUUUAUAUGAAAGCUUUCCAUUUGAGUUCCCUCGGAUAUCCAAACCUCUUGCAUUUUGCUGCAUUGGGACAAACCGUCCUCCUGCCAUGGCUGGUUCACAGCGCCGUCGCCGUCACUGUCCACUAUUUGCUGAAAUGGGGCCCAUUUAUAUCUUCAAGGAGCCGAUUGGUCCAGAGUUGAUGUCUCGUUUGGCUUCUAGGGGAGGCGAUGUUCUGCCUUCUUUUGGCAAUGGUGCGGGCUUGCCAUGGUUGGCAACAAAUGACCAUGUGAGGGGCUUGGCCGCAGAAAGUUUGUCACUGGAUGAAGAAAUUGGAGGAUGCCUUCACCUUCUCUACCACCCCAAUUUGCUCAGUGGGCGCUUCUGUCCUGAUGCUUCUCCUUCUGGUGCAGCAGGAACUCAGCGAAGAUCUGCCGAGGUUCUUGGGCAGGUUCACAUUGCUGCUCGGAUACGGCCGGCAGAGUCUUUGUGGGCCUUGGCUUAUGGUGGUCCAAUGUCUUUACUUCCCCUGGCAGUAAGCAACGUACAAAAAGAAACAUUGGAACCGCAGCAUGGAGAUUUUCAUUUGUCUCUGGCCACAGCUUCACUGUCUGCUCCAAUAUUCAGAAUUAUUUCCAUGGCUAUUCAACAUCCUGGAAAUAAUGAGGAGUUGUGUCGCACUCGAGGGCCUGAAGUUUUGUCUGUAGUUUUGCACUAUCUUGUGCGAACUCUGUCUAUAUUGGCUCCUGGAAAGCAAAAUGCACUUAGAGAUGAGGAACUUGUUGCAGCUGUUGUGUCUCUAUGUCAGUCUCAGAGAAGUAAUCAUACACUAAAAGUUCAUCUUUUACGUUCUCUGCUUUUGGAUUUGAAGAUUUGGAGUUUAUGCAACUAUGGACUACAGAAGAAGCUUAUGUCUUCACUUUCAGACAUGGUUUUCACAGAGUCAUCUGCAAUGCGGGAUGCUAACGCAGUGCAGAUGCUUCUUGAUGGCUGUAGGAGAUGCUAUUGGAUCAUUCGUGAAACAGACUCUGUUGACACAUUUACACUGCAUGAGGCACCACGGCCCAUGGGUAAAGUGAAUGCUCUGCUUGAUGAGCUAUUAGUGGUUCUUGAACUUCUAGUGGGAGCAGCAUCUCCUUCGCUGGCCGUUGAUGAUCUCCACAAUUUGAAUGGGUUCAUGGUUGACUGUCCACAACCUAAUCAGGUUGCCAGGGUGUUGCACCUAAUCUACAGGUUAGUGGUACAAAAAAAUAUAUCCAAGGCUCAAAUAUUCGCAGAGUCAUUUAUUUCUUCUGGAGGGAUAGAAACGCUUCUUGUCCUUCUGCAGAGAGAAGCAAAAGCUGGUAAUCACUUAAUUUUAGAAAAUUCCAGCAUAAAGUGUGCUGAAAACAUAUCAGUUCAAGGAUCUGGACUGGACCCAUGUAAUGUUCAAGAUAGAAGUGAGCCUGGAUCUCUUGAGGAAAAGGUAUCUCUUUCUCAUGAAGGUUCUCAAUUGCAACAUUCCGGUAGUGGUGAUAACUCCUCUAUGAUUUCCUUGCGCACAAAUAUAGAGAGAAUGUUAUCGUCUGAAAAUCUUUUUACGAGGUAUUUGGGUGAUGUCGGCUUCUCAACAAGCCCUGAAAGUGCUAGCAACAACAUUUAUAGUGUUGACAAUGAUGAUGGGAUUGUUGUCGGGAUAAUCUGUCUGUUGGGUGCAUUAGUGAGAUCAGGCCAUCUGAAAUUUGGAGCAAAUGCUGCAUCUCCAUAUCUGCCUAGCAUUCUCGAUAUGCCUGAUGACGGUAGUACCAUGUUUUCCGAUAAAGUUUCUCUGCUACUCUUUGCUUUACAGAAAGCUUUUCAGGCAGCACCACAGAGGCUUAUGACUGCCAACGUAUACAUGGCUUUACUGGGGGCAACGAUUAACAAUUCUUCAAAGGAGGAUGGCCUAAAACUUUAUGAUUCUGCUCAACACUUCGAACACGUUCAGCUUUUUCUAGUUCUUCUUCGUUCACUUCCAUAUGCAUCGAGUUCAUUUCAAUUUCAGGCCAUACAGGAUCUUCUGUUUUUGGCUUGCAGUCAUCCAGAGAACAGAAAAGCUCUCACUUGCAUGGGUGUAUGGCCUGAGUGGAUCUUGGAGGUUCUUAUUUCAAAUUAUGAGAAGGGUUCAAGCAAAUGUUCAAAUGGAGCCAGCUUUGGAGAUGUGGAAGACCUAAUACACAACUUCCUGAUCAUCAUUUUAGAGCAUUCAAUGUUCAAGAAGAAUGGUUGGAAGGAUGUUGAAGCUAUAAUUCAUUGUGCAGAGUGGUUGUCUGUGAUUGGUGGAUCAAGUACUGGAGACCAACGAGUCAGGCGUGAAGAAUCACUGUCUAUCUUCAAGCGAAGGCUUUUGGGGGCCUUACUAGAUUUUGCUGCUAAGGAACUUGAGGCCCAGACUCAAAUUAUUGCUGUAGCUACUGCUGCUGUUGCGGCUAAGGGUUCCUCUCCAGAAGAUGCUAAAGCAGAACUAGAGUCUACUACUCAUCUUUAUUUGGCUCUGGCAGAUAAUGCCGUUGUGAUUCUGAUGCUUGUAGAGGAUCAUUUACGGUUUCAAAGCCAACAUUGUGUUGCUUCACAUUCUACGGGUUGUCCGGGAUCUCCAACUUCAGUUCCUUCAUCCACUAUUAGCCUGUCAAAUUCAUUAGGCAAAGCUAUGGGAGAGUCAAUGGAAACUGUUAGCUCUCGAAGAACAUCACUAUCUAGUGAUUCUGGGAAUCUCUCUCUUGAUCCUCUUGCUCCCAUGGGUGAUGCAAAUGGGCAAAUUUCUGCAGCAAUGAUGGAGCGUCUUACUGCUGCUGCAGCAGCAGAGCCCUAUGAAUCUGUUCGAUGUGCUUUUGUCUCAUAUGGUAGCUGUGCCAUAGAUGUAGCUGAAGGUUGGAAGUAUAGGAGCCAAAUGUGGUAUGGAGUUGGCCUUCCCUCAAAAACUACAGCUUUCGGUGGAGGUGGUAGUGGUUGGGAAUCAUGGAAUUCUACUUUGGAGAAGGAUUCAAAUGGAAACUGGAUUGAACUGCCUUUAGUAAAGAAGUCAGUUGCCAUGCUACAGGUCUUGCUGUUAGAUGAGUGCAGAGGUGGUGAUGUUCUAGGCACUGGAGGAUCCAACACUACAGCAGGAGGAAUUACAACACUUCAGCAGUUAUUGGACAGUGAUCAACCAUUUUUUUGCAUGCUUCGGAUGGUACUUGUUUCAAUGAGGGAAGAGGACUAUGGUGAAGAUGACAUUUUUAUGAGGAAUGUAAGCGUCAAGGAAGGCAUAUCUGAAGGAUUACACCAAGCAGGCAACAUGAUGCCAUUAGAUGAUAAUAGCUGCUCAUCAACAAGGAAGCCACGUUCAGCUUUACUAUGGAGUGUGCUUGAACCUGUUUUAAAUAGGCCGAUUUCUGAGUCCAAGAGACAGAGGGUAUUGGUUGCAUCUAGUAUUCUUUAUGCUGAGUUGUGGCAUGCAGUUGGGAAGGAUAGAAAGCCUCUUCGCAAGCAGUACUUAGGGGCUAUUGUACCACCAUUUGUUGCUAUUCUACGGCGGUGGAGGCCACUUUUGGUGGGAAUUCAUGAAUUAACCUCCUCAGAUGGUCUGAAUCCCCUCAUUGCUGAAGAUCGUGCUUUGGCAGCAGAUGCAUUGCCUCUUGAGUCUGCUCUUGUGAUGAUAUCUCCGGGUUGGGCUGCUGCUUUUGCUUCUCCACCUGCUGCAAUGUCAUUGGCAAUGAUUGCUGCUGGUGCUGGUGGUGGUGAAAUUGUGACACCUGCAAGAAAUACACAGCUUAGGCGUGACUCAUCAUUACUUGAGCGCAGAAGGAAUAGGCUACACACAUUCGCAAGUUUUCAGAAGGACUUUUCCACUCCUAAUAAGUCUGCCUCUGUUCCUAAGGACAAGGCUUCUGCAAAGGCUGCUGCUUUGGCUGCUGCACGUGAUCUUGAGCGCAUUGCCAAGAUUGGUUCAGGAAGAGGUCUUAGUGCUGUAGCAAUGGCCACUUCAGCACAAAGGAGAAGCGAAAGCAACUCAGACCGUAUGAAGAGAUGGACUGUUUCUGAAGCCAUGGGAACUGCCUGGAAUGAGUGCCUACAGUCAGUUGAUACAAAAUCAGUUUCUGGGAAGGAUUUUUCUGUAUUGUCCUAUAAGUAUAUUGCUGUCCUAGUUGGAAGUUUUGCCUUAGCAAGAAACAUGAAGAGGGUGGAGAUGGAUCGGCGUGCACAAGUUGAUGUAAUAGAUCAGCACCGUGCAUUCACUGGGACUCAUGCAUGGCGCAAACUCAUUCAUCGCCUAAUUGAAAUGAAUGGCCUUUUUGGGCCAUUCGGGGACUAUCUAUGUGAUCCUGAGCAGGGGUUCUGGAAGUUAGAUUUCAUGGAAAGUUCCUUGAGGAUGCGACUUUGUUUGAGAAGGAAUUACAAGGGAUCUGACCAUUUGGGUGCAGCUGCUGACCACAAAGAUCACUUACUGCAACUUAAACUCAAUGAAGGGAAUUUCAAAUGUCAUACAAAUGAUCCAGAGGUAUCAGUUACAGCUGGCCUUCCUACUACAAUCAUGAUGGCAGGAGUCUCAAUGGAAGAAAGAAAAGACGAUGAUGAGUGGACGGAAAACAGUCAUUUUGAGGAUGGUACAUUGAGUAUGGAACAGAGUGGGGUGAAUCAGCAGACACUCUCAGCUACUGCCAAGCAAUCUAUGCAGGAAUCGAUGGAUUACCAAGAUGUUGAAGUUGCAAAUGACCAAAAUUCUGUUGAAAAUGCAUCAGAAGUUGCUCCUGGUUAUGUACCAAGUGAACUUAGUGAACAAAUUAUUUUUGAAAUUUCUUCAUUGAUGGUCUGCCCAUUAGGUGUUGCACAAGGAACAUUUCAAAUUACAACAAAGAGAAUCAAUUUCAUAGUUGAUGAAUACUGUGAUGACAAUACAAUGGAUGAUGGGUUGAAUCCUAGCGGUCAAAACAGAGUCCAAGAAAAGAAUCGGAGCUGGUUAAUCUCUUCCCUCCAUCAAAUGUUUAGCAGAAGAUAUCUUUUGAGAAGAAGCGCACUAGAAUUGUUUAUGGUUGACCGGUCAAACUUCUUCUUUCACUUCGGGAGUACUGAAGGUCGAAAAAAUGCAUACCGUGCUAUUGUUCAAGCACAACCUCCUCAUUUGAACAACAUCUAUCUGGCAACGCAGAGACCGGUGCAUUUUCUUAAAAGGACUCAGCUUAUGGAACGUUGGGCUAGGUGGGAGAUUAGCAAUUUUGAAUAUCUAAUGAAGCUUAAUACCCUGGCUGGAAGAAGUUACAACGAUAUCACACAGUAUCCUGUGUUUCCAUGGAUUCUUGCAGAUUACAGUUCUAAGAACUUGGAUCUUGGGGAUCCUUCUUCAUAUCGAGACCUUUCUAAGCCCAUUGGCGCAUUAAAUGCUGAUCGGCUAAGAAAGUUCCAAGAAAGGUAUUCAAGCUUUGUUGAUCCAAUCAUCCCUAAGUAUCAUUAUUCUUCACAUUACUCCAGUGCCAGAACAGUUUUAUACUAUCUUGUUAGGCUAGAACCAUUUACUACUGUUUCAGUUCAACUACAAGGUGGAAAAUUUGAACAUCCAGACCGGAUGUUUUCAGAUAUAGGUGCUACUUGGAAUGGCGUUCUCGGGGACAUGAGUGAUGUGAAAGAGUUGGUUCCUGAGCUGUUUUACCUCCCUGAGGCUCUUAAAAAUGGAAAUUCAAUUGAUUUUGGGACAACACAACUUGGAGGCAAGAUUGAUUCCGUCAAACUUCCUCCUUGGGCUGAUAGCCCUGUUGAUUUCAUUCAUAAGCAUCGCAAAGCUCUUGAGAGUGAGCAUGUAUCUGCUCAUUUGCAUGAAUGGAUUGACCUUAUAUUUGGUUACAAGCAGCAAGGAAAGGAAGCUAUUUCGGCCAACAAUGUGUUCUUUUACAUGACUUAUGAAGAAAAAAUAGAUAUUGAUAAAAUUUCAGACCCAGUACAAAUAUGUGCUAUACAAGACCAGAUUGCAUCCCUCGGACAAACUCCUUCCCAGCUUCUAACUGUUCCACACAUGAAGAGGAGACCACUGGCAGAAGUUUUGCACCUGCAGACCAUCUUUCGGAACCCUAAUGAGAUCAGACCUUAUGUGGUUCCAAAUCCAGAACGCUGCAAUGUGCCUGCUGCAGCUAUUUUUGCAUACCCCGACUCCAUUAUGGUAAUUGACAGAAAUGCUCCAGCUGCUCAUGUAGCAUUGCACAAGUGGCAGCCAAAUACACCUGAUGGCCAUGGCACACCUUUUCUAUUUCAACAUGGUAAAGCCGCGACAAAUUCUGCUGGAGGACCUUUCAGGCGAAUGUUCAAAGGGCCUGGUGGAUCUGAUUUAGAAGAAUGGCAAUUUCCUCGGGCAUUGGCAUUUGCAACAUCUGGAAUCAGGAGCUCAGCUGUUGUUGCUGUCACAUAUGACAAAGAAAUCAUCACAGGUGGGCAUGUGGAUAACAGUGUUAAGUUGAUCUCAUCUGAUUGGGUGAAAACCAUUGAAACAGCAGCAGGGCACUGCGCGCCAGUCACCUGCCUUGCUCUCUCACCUGACAGUAACUACCUUGUGACGGGAUCUCGAGACACGACAGUUAUACUAUGGAGGAUACAUCGAGCAUGCCCAACACACUCUAGAAGAAUUCCAGAGCCUUCUACCACUGUAGGGACACCUACUGGGAGUCCUGUGGCUGGUGGUAGCUCAAAGAACAUAACAGAAACAAACCAGAGGCACCGUAUACAGGGUCCUAUUCAUGUUCUGAGAGGCCACCUUAGGGAGAUAGUAUGUUGUUGUGUCAAUUCUGAUCUGGGUAUCAUUGUUUCCUGCUCUCCCUCUUCCGACGUUCUUGUGCAUUCUAUAAGGAAGGGCCGGUUGAUAAGAAAGCUAUCUGCUGUGGAGGCACAUGCAGUCUGCAUUUCAUCAUCAGGAGUCAUAAUGACUUGGAAUGGGCUGAAGCAAACGCUAAGCACAUUCACCAUCAAUGGAGUUCCCAUUGCAACAGCCAUUCUGUCACCUUUCCCAGGAAACAUCAGCUGCAUGGAGGUUUCUCUGGAUGGACAAAGUGCUCUAAUCGGUACAAGUUCAUGUUCCACUGGUAACACAGACUCAGAAUCAGACAAGCCUGAUGUCGAAGGUCUUGCAUUGGGGUUGAAGGACAAAAACAGGAAUCAGUUAGCAGUUCCAGUGCCUUCAGUUUGCUUCCUGGAUAUGCAUACUCUGAAGAUAUUCCAUACCCUGGAGCUAGCUGAAGGGCAAGAUAUUACUGCAAUGGCUUUAAGCAAGGAUAACACGAACCUUUUGGUAUCGACAGCAGAUAAACAGUUGAUAAUCUUUACUGAUCCAGCUUUGAGCUUGAAGGCAGGGGAUCAAAUGCUUCGGCCUAGUCAUGAAGGUGAUGAGAGAAGCCCUCGGACUAAAUAAAGUCUCAAGCCAUUGGAUUUUGUUCGGAGAAUGGGAAUGCAUGGGAUGAAAUCGACACUAGAGUGGCCUAUGCUUGACACAAAAUUUCACCAUUGAUGUGGUAAUGCCAAAAUAUAUGUAUGCAGCUAAGGGGUUUCAAGUGUAACAUAUGUAUCCAUCAAGUGAUUGUGGUCCAGGUCUUUAUUUUGUACAGGGUUGUUCCACUCUUCUUCUUCUUCUUCUUCUUCUUUUGAGUUGAAGGUUUUGUAUCCUGGACACGAUUCUUCCCUUCAGCCAUUUGCUGUAUCGUUUCUCUUCAUCUUUUUCUGCAACUCUUUGGAAAUUAAAUUUUGAUCGUCUGUGAAUGAAUCCAAUUUGAGUAGCUCUUUC